AUGGCUGUUAUCUAUAAUGAUGCCUACGACAUAAGUGAUCUUCCAGACCUCGACUUAGAUGACUAUACGACAGGACUUUGUAUACCUCAAGAUCCAAUAGAGGAACUGGAAUGGUUUCCUAGCUUCUCUAGUGACCUAAUUUCUUUAAACGAUUUGCGUUUGACGCCAGAACAUGAACCAUUGGCCUUGAUUGAUUUUGAAGCCUCGGAAAAACAGGUAAAAGAAUUAUCUCCGACGACUCCAGAGCAAAACGUUGAAAAACCAGAAGACAAGAAGCCGAUUUCAAAGCCUGGAAUGGAAAACUUCAAUGGAUAUGGAGGAUUUUCAAAGCGUGGCCUUGGGAAGUUUAAUGGAUACAGAGCCUUCCCGAGGAAAAAACAGCGGAGCAGACGUGUCCUGAAGCAGCGGCGGCACCGUGGUUGGUCGUCGAUGGAAUUGGCGGAAAGCGAUGAUGGGGUUUUUAGGGUAGAGAAGAGAAGAUGCAGUCAUUGCCAAACUGAUAAAACGCCGCAAUGGAGGAUUGGGCCAUUAGGGCCCAAAACGCUGUGUAACGCUUGUGGGGUAAGGUAUAGGUCAGGGAGGCUAGUGGCAGAGUACAGACCUGCUUGCAGCCCUACCUUCAACAGUCUCCAACACUCUAAUUUUCAUAAGAAAAUAUUGAAAAGGAAGGGAAUUUUGGCAUAG